ACCCUCCCCGGGCGAGACAACACGCGUGCCAGCUCUGGGCGGGUCCCUGCGGUGGUGACAAGGCUCCUCCUCCUUUUCUGCUCCUCCUCAUCCUCCCCCUCCAGGCCUCCAGCUCGUACGGUGCUCCUCUAGGGCCCCUCUGCCGGUUCCCAGCCAUGGUGGCCUGGCGUUCGGCGUUCCUAAUCUGCCUCGCUUUCUCCUUGACCACGCUGGUCCAGAGAGGAUAUGGGGAUGUCAGGGAUGAUUCUAAUGCAGAGGAUGCUCGGAAAAAAAUUUCUCCCCUGAAGCAGAGAUGGGACUAUGUUACCACCACAACCAGGAGGCCAGGAGCAACCAGAGCUCCAGUAAAUGCUGCAGGGCUCCCUGAUAUAGAUGAUUUUAACUUAGCUGAUGCCUUGGACGAUAGCAAUGAUCGAAAUGAUGGCCACAGGAAGCCAAGUGCAGCAGGAGGAAAAGGUUUUUCAGACAAGGAUCUCGAAGACGUUGUAGGAGGUGGUGAAUACAAACCCGAUAAGAAUAAAGGCGAUGGUGGAUACGGCAGCAGUGACGACCCUGGAUCCGGCAUGUCGGCAGAGACUGGCACCAUCGCAGGUGUGGCCAGCGCCCUGGCCAUGGCCCUGAUUGGUGCAGUGUCCAGCUACAUCUCCUACCAGCAGAAGAAGUUCUGCUUCAGCAUCCAGCAGGGUCUCAAUGCCGACUAUGUGAAGGGGGAGAAUCUGGAAGCCGUUGUGUGUGAGGAACCCCAAGUGAAGUACUCCACACUGCAGACAGCAGCGGCCCAGCCGCCGCCCCCCGAGCCGCCGCGGAUCUGAAGGGCGGCGCCCCGCUGCCCGUCCUGUCUCUGCUUCCCCUGUCAUUGGCUUCUUGUUGUUUUGCCCUCUCUGGACGAGGUUGCGAGGGCGCUUCGGGCGCCGCCCUCGGGGUAGCCGGCCACAGGUUCCAGGACGAGGCUGGGGGCUGGGACGACCCCGCGGGGACCAGCAGAGCGCGGGACCGCGUUCCUGCUUAGGUGAUGGAUCUGAACCCAGGACUGGGAGCCGUGACCCACACACUGGGCCGCAAGACUCUCCACACAGCCUCUGCCCGUGACUCCGAGACUUGUGAGAGCCCACUUAGUACCUGUUCACUGGGAGCCCCUGCAAGGGUCGAAUGCAACCAAGCAACACACACACACACACACACACACACACACACACACACGGUCGUAGUUUGGCUCUUCCACUCCCUGCUUGUGCAUUGCUGCGCUUCCAGAGAGCUGCUCCGAGCCGACGCUUGUUUAAGUGGGUUAAGUGCAAGUGUGCAUCUCCCAGCCUUCCCCGGAGAGUUGGGGUGCUCAGGAAGUCGGCUGCUGUACCUUGAGGAUCUCUCAGUGGAUUUUCUAGGGGGCUCAGGGGACAGCAGUUGGCCCUGGGUAAAAGAUCUUAGGAGUCAUUUUUGCAUUUGAAAUGAGUUUUAGACUAGGUAAGGGAAGUGUCCACCCCUACUCCAUAUGUAACCUUUUGGGGGACACAUAGGGGAAAUAUCUGAAGCAUGCUUGUGGGGUGAUUGGAAGUGGGGGGAGGGGGGAUGGUGGCUUUCUCAAGUGGACUGCUGCCUUUGUCGCUCUGUCCUUAUCUUCCUUGUUCGCUUUGAUGAAGAGCACGCAGACCUUGCUCUCAAUGGUAAACAGAGGAAGCUGAGCCGUGGGGCUGAAGUGAGCAGAGCCGGCUUCCUAGGUUCCUUUGGUCCUUUGCCCCAGGGUGCUGGGCAGUUGGAGACUGAGCUUGCAUGAGAAACUCCGUGUACUAAGAGUUUGCCAGGUCCACAGCACUUGGGAAGGCCGGAGGGGCCUCACUGGGCAAGCACGGGCUGAUUUGCGCAAUCGCAAAGCGUGUGUGUGCAUGAUCAUCACCACACUCCCAUUUCGUGAAACCCUCACCGUGAAACACGGACAUUCUCAUGGCCACUGCAUGCCUCCAGUGUGGGCGUGAAAAGGGGGUGCCGGGCACCCCUUUGUCGUGCUUCAUCACUGAUUGCAUGCAGACCUGGACUGUGGAGCUGAGAAGGAAAUGUGGCCUCAGGAAGUCCCCAUGGUUCUUGAAGAAGUGAACUAGCUGGGAUGGAGCACAGUGGCAAAACACUUGCCUAGCAAGUGCAAUGUUCUGGAUGUCAUUUCCAGUCCCCCAAAAGAAAUUUACUUAAAAAAACAAAGUGAACCCAGCAUUCCCAUAGUCACCCGGUUCUCAACUGCUUUAUAAUCACAGACCAACAAAACCCAAGGGGCAAGGUCGCCAAUGCUUAUGUUUGACAACCCAUAGACCUAAGGAAACGUUUCUUGUACUACAGAUUCCUGGAUAGUGUUUAAAAUAAAAUUUGGGAAUUGUUAAAAAAAAAAAUGAAAGUGAACUAUCAGGGGACAUGCUACUUCCAAAUUGCCUUGUUCCCAGCCCUGUCUGCCGUGCUGGCUGUUUGAUGUAAGGUUUGUGCCACCCUGCCAUUGAUUCAUGAGGAGGGAUGGUGGCUUCCGGUCUGGCUGCAGAGGACUGUGGCGUUUGUUGCCAUCUCUGCUUUGUUGCCACCUACACGGGAAUUAUCUCCUUUAUAGUCAGGCCCAUCUGAUGACAAAGGCCUUGAACCCUGCGGCCAUAAGUGUAGAAUCCACGCUGUGUGAAAUCCUUUUCUCAGUAGCAGUGACUUCAGCGAGAAGAACACCGCUUUGCUCUCCCUUAGCUACCUCGGUGCCUUGUGCACAAAGCCCUUUGGCAGAAAACAUCAUUAACCCACUCGUGGUAGCUCAGAGGCCUGGACAGGCCAUGGUGCGCCCUGGACCUCCUAUUCCCAGUGUCACCCCACGGGCCAGGCCUCUCCUUCCCACCAGCAGUUUCCCUUUGCUUGAGCACUGGGGCCCGUGCGCAUCAGAAGGUGGUGUUAGCCAACAGCGGCCUGUCCCACGUGAUGAGACGGCAACACUGAGCCAACUAGAAAAUCUAAAGUGUGCCAGCCUCACUGGCGGGGGAACUGGCAAGGGCAGCAUUUACGGGAUCAGCGCUGAGCUCAUGAAUGCGGUGAUGCAGCUCCCUGAGAGCCAGCCAAAGAAGCCAGAAGCCAGGUGACUUGGACGGGGGGGUCCAUCCUAGUGGGGGACCAGGUCCACUGCCUCCACUCCUUAGCUUAGGGUUAGUACCAGCUCUGUGAUGAAGUACUGGACACUACCAGAAUGCCCUGUACAUCCUUUAUGUGCGAUGUCCAAGUGUAAAUUCUAAACUGUCUCGUGUUUGCAUUAAACCAAAUGGAACCCA